GGGGAUUUCAAAGAACAGCGGCGGCCUGUUCGCAUCGCUAGGGUGGCUAGCAUCGUUCCGCCCACUGGUUCGUGCAAACCGUUCGUGUUUAUUUUUGUGCCGACGCAGCCUCGAAAAUGGCCACGGGAGACAUCAGGAACAACCUCAAGAUGCUCAGCGCAGAAAUCCGCAGCGUCAAAACACCGUCGGCUCUCGUAAACCUCGAAGGGAUGAUGGCUGGCGACCCAGAGGUUUACCUGCCAAUCUACGACUACCUGUUCCAGUGGUACAGCACACGCUUGGCCAAUGAAAUAUUACGGAGAGACCUCAAACUACCUCCAUACAAGCACAACAGGACAAAGUUUCUCGAAACAAUGUACUUAGUGCUACGAGAGCUCUUCCAAUGGAAACCUCCGCUCAGUACUUCACAGUUUUUCUCAUCUGGCUUCGCUGAGAAGAAGAUAAUCAUGUGCAGGGACAUCGUGAAGCUGAUUAAAGAGUACAGCGGCACCCAGAAGUCAGCGGCUGCCACAAGUCCUGCCAGCACAGCUACCAGGCCGAAGGCACAGAAAGUGCCUGCUGCUAGGUCAAGUGCCGUCACGUCAAAGGCCAGCUUGCAACCAGCAGCUCUCCCUCAUAGUUCUGUCAACAGGGACAAACUACCAUCAUCCAAGGCAGUGCUCAGUGCAAAAAUUGACACCCUGCUGCACCAUUUAAUGGAGGUUCAAAGCAGUGUCAAGGCCUUGAAGGAACAGAUGCUGCUGGUCAUGAACCAGACUGAGACCAUGCUAGAUCAAGUGCUGCCUGUGGUUACUGAGAUUGUCGACGAACUCUACAAGAAGGAAGCUGCAGAUGUUACCGCCAUUAACAGCGAACUGAGGCACGAUAUGGACAAGGGUGACAAUGGCAUUCAAGAGGGCAUGGCUGCAUCAGGUGCUGCCGAAGCUAUCACUCUCCGUCCUAAAAGUGCGAUUCUCUUCGAUUAA